AUGCCACCGCCGCCCUCCUCCUCCACCCUCACGCCCCUCGCGACCCUCAGCCCCCCCUGCAACGCCCGCACCUGGAUGAGCACGCCGCACCCCCACCUGCCCAUCCUCGCGACGGCGUGCGCCGACAAGACGGUGCGCAUCUACAGCCUGACAGAUUUCGCACAACAGGGGCGGAGCAUCGAAGGGGGGCAUAAGCGGAGUAUUCGCAGUUGUUGUUGGAAAGAUACGGGGAGUAGGAAUAGCGGGUCGAGGGAGAGUGUGCUUGCGACGGGGAGUUUUGAUGCUAGUGCGGGGAUUUGGAGGAGGGAUGAGGAUGGAGGUUUUGAAGGAGGAGGAGGAGGAGGUGGGGGGGAGAGGGAGAGGGAUUUUACGGGGAGGGGGUUAGCGGGCGGAGAAUCUGGAGGAGAGGAAGAGGAAGAAUGGAGAUUAGAGGUGAUACUAGACGGACACGAUUCCGAGAUCAAAUCAUUGGCAUUCUGCCCCACGGCUCCCUUGCUCGCGACGUGUUCGCGCGACAAGAGCGUGUGGAUCUGGGAGGAACUCGACGGGGAUAAUUUCGAAACGAUGGCGGUCCUGCAGGACCACGAUGGGGAUGUGAAAUGCGUCGCGUGGCAUCCGCGGGAGGCGCUGUUGGCCAGUGGGAGUUAUGACGAUUGCGUGCGGCUCUGGCGCGAGGAUGUGGAUGAUUGGGGGUGCUGUGCUCUGCUGCAGGGGCAUGAGGGGACGGUCUGGUGGGUGGAAUUCGAAGGGGAGCGGGAAGAAGGGAGUUUUGUGGCCGGUGCGUCGGCGGAGUGGGUGGCUGAGAAGGCCCAGAGUGGUGCGAGGUUGAUGACUUGUUCGGAUGAUCGGAGUAUCCGGGUCUGGAGACGGAGGCCGAAAGCUAAGAGUGAUAUGCCGACGGGACAGGGACGGAUGCCGAGUAUCUGGAAGAAUUCCGAAUUUCAGGAAGAAUGGUUCGAGGAGGCGCGGUUGCCGCUUCUACACGAUCGGCCGGUCUAUGCGAUUUCUUGGAGUCGGAAAUCGGGGAGGGUGGUGAGUGCUGGCAGCGAUGGGAAGAUUUUGGUUUACGAGGAACGAUGGCGCGGAAAGGAGGUGGAGAUGAGUGAUGCGCCUCCGCCGGCUGAUGGAGAGACCCACGGUUGCAGUACGGGAGCGAAGAGUCUGACGGAGUGGGUGCUCAUCGCAGAGGUCGAGAAUGCUCACGAUGUGUUCGAGGUCAACCAUGUUGUCUGGGCACCGAGAGCGGACAAGGGCAAGCGGUCGGACGAUGAAGAGGUGAUUGUCAGCACGGGUGACGAUGGUGAGGUGAAGGUGUGGAUUUUGGAGGGAUGA